UUUGAUUUUCGUUAACAGAAUUUGAAGGAGACGCAUUGGUAUCACAAUCAGCCAUGUUUUCUUUGGCCGGAUUAGAAACAAGCGCAACGACAACAGCUUUUACACUUUUGGAAUUAGCGAGAAACAUCGAGAUACAGGAACGAGUUCGUGAGGAAAUAAAAGAGAAAAUAAAAGAAAAUGGUUUAACGUACGAAUCUGUGCAGGAAAUGAAAUAUUUGCACCAAACAAUUGCAGAAACACUGAGGCUGGUACCACCGGCUCCCAUACUGGAUAGAGUCGCUCUUGUUGACUAUAAGAUACCUGGAACUGAUAUUGUAAUCAAAAAGGGAACUGUGAUAUACACGCCUCUGUGUGGCCUACAUGAAGAUCCCAAAUAUUUUCCCAAUCCUCAGUCUUAUGAUCCUGACAGAUUUAGUGACGAGCGAAAGAAUGAUAUUGUACCGUGCACCUACAUGCCUUUUGGAGAUGGACCAAGAAUUUGCAUUGGACAGAGAUUGGGAUUGCUGCAAGUCGCUGUGGGUCUGAUUACGAUACUAAAGGAUUUUGAAAUCUCCCUGAAUCCUAUAUACAAGAACGAAGUAGACCCACGUGCUAUAUUUGUUAGGCCGACCAAUGGAAUUAACUUAUAUUUCAAUAGAAUAUCCACUGCGACGUUAUCUUCCUCUUCCAAUCAUUAAUAACUUUCAUGAGAUGUCGCAAAAGUGUCCCUUGAUCGAUCUCGUGCAGAUAUUUAGUUGGAGGUUUUACUUGGCCUAUUCUUGUUAUCCCCAAUUAUAUUGAGGGCCCAGUAGGGAAAUCUAGGCAUACGCCUACUAGACUGGUUAACUUUGAUCUAUGGGACCUUUCUCGAUUUCCUUGUUGGGCUCCAUAAAGGUUCCCAAAUUAAGUCCUUACUAAAUUAACCGAUUAACACAAUUAAUAAAACAUAUUACUUUACGUUUAUUCAAUCGUUUUUGUAUUGCACUUUGAAUUGGAUAUUCGGAACUUAUUCUUUAAGAUUAAUACGUAUUAAACAUCGCUGAAAACACCUAUGUGAGUUUUUUGUCACUGAUGGGGAUUCGUACCUCGGAACCCUGUGUGGAUUAUUAUUCCGCUGAGUCUUAGCCCACGCGGCUAUUCAAAUCUUAAAAAAUGUAUUGUUUGUAUAGUGUACUUUCUCACGUUUACAAUAUUUUGCAAGUGUUAAUUAUAGAUUGAAAUGAACAACAUAUUUGUCAAAUUUGCGCCGAUGGAAUGCCUAUUUCUUGAGUAAGGACUGUUCAAGAAAAAGAGAGUUCAUGAAAAUAUUAUGGCAGCGUACGCUGAUACCCAGAUAAAGGAGCGGACACGGACGAGGAAUCUAAGAAUUGAAAUAAUAGUUAUAAGUUAUAACAUUAUCAUUUAAUGCCUACAGUAAAAGUUGUUAGAUACAGAACGGAUAGCUAAUAGAUACUUUUACAUAUUCCACAUAAGAUUCAGUAAAGGUACAUACGAUAAAACUAUGUAGUAUUUAAUGUAGUGUUUCAUGGCAGAUUACGCUCAGGUUUACGAAGGAAACACUCAGUUUGCUGCAUAAUUCCAAAACUGAUCUGAGAUUAAUCUUUCCCUACAGUGAUUGUGCCUUGAAGCGAUGUUCUAUGAAUGAUCUGCGUCGCUCUUUUUUUCUUAAUGUACAAAUAAUAUCAUACUCAGAUUAAAUUUGGGCCUUAAUUUUUCA